GUGCAGACCUGUCAGCUCAGGUCCCACGCCACGUGGACUCGCCUUUGUCCGAGGCUGCCUUUCCCAUCGGGCCGCGACGACCGGGGUUGUGCCUUAUUUGUCUCUGUCGCUUGCAGUGCUGGGCACGGAGUUGGGGCUUAGACCAUGGCCAACAGCGAACGCACCUUCAUUGCCAUCAAGCCUGAUGGGGUCCAGCGCAGCCUCGUGGGAGAGAUCAUCAAGCGUUUUGAGCAAAAGGGGUUCCGCCUCGUUGCUAUGAAAUUAAUUCAGGCUUCUGAAGACCUUCUCAAGGAACACUACAUUGACCUGAAGGACCGUCCGUUCUUUGCCGGCCUGGUGAAGUACAUGCAGUCGGGGCCUGUGGUUGCCAUGGUCUGGGAGGGGCUGAAUGUGGUGAAGACGGGCCGGGUGAUGCUCGGGGAGACCAACCCUGCGGACUCCAAGCCCGGCACCAUCCGUGGAGACUUCUGCAUCCAAGUUGGCAGGAACAUUAUCCACGGCAGCGACUCCGUGGAAAGUGCAGAGAAGGAAAUCGGCUUGUGGUUUCGGCCUGAGGAGCUGGUGGAUUACAAGAGCUGCGCUCAGAACUGGAUCUACGAGUGACGAGGGAGCAGACCCCGGUGCCCUGCCCGCCCCAUCCCCUCCCCCCCCCCCCCCCCCCCCCCCCCCCCCCCCCCCCCCCCCCCCCCCCCCCCCCCCCGCCCGGGAGCAGGGGGCCAGGCUCCAGCAAAGCCGGUUCUUUUUGAGACCUUCCUUAUACUCCGGAGGGGAACUCCUGGAGCUGGGAGUGCUCCCUGUACAGUAUUCUGUGCUACCAUCGGAUUAAAAUGUUUCACCCCAACACAGGAUCACGGAGCUGGUUACUUGGCAUCGCCCUAUUGCUUUGUAUUCUUUUUCCUUUCCUUGUACUCUGGAUAACUGAGCCAACAGGGUAAAUACUGUAGAAAUUGUGUUUUUUGACCUGAGGGAUCUCUCUCACACACACACGCACACUCACCCCCCCCACCCCUGCCUGCCCCUCUCUUCAUCCAUUUUUGGCACUGAGCCAGUCAGCAGCCACCCAGGAAGGGUCUGCUGGAAUCUGCAGAGGAUUCAUUGGAAAUAAAACCCUUUCUGCUCUUGA